CUUACACCUGAUCGCAUACCAGCAAACGAAACCCACACUAAAAAGCAAGGGAUAAGGACAACUUCUUGGUUAGCAAUUUGAUUCAUUAUCCAGAAGGGGGUUGUGUGACUUUGGCAGCAAUCUGAAGACCAGCAGCUCAGCAGGAUCCGACGGACUGUACGAGCAGAGAGACACACAGAGCAAAAGGUCUUCUUCUCUGGAUCAGCUGGUGGGAGAAGAUGCUUCGAACCACUGGUGCCAAGCCUGGUGCCCUCCUGCCCUGCUUUUAUGGUGGAUAUUCUUGGACUGUUGGAACAUGGGUCGGAUUUAGUACUCGUUUAACCCUUUGGAUAUGGCUCGUCACUUGCACUAACCCCAGGACCAUCGCUAGUCCCAGCAAUGAAGUGAAUUUAUUGGACUCUCGCUCAGUCAUGGGUGAUCUUGGAUGGAUUGCAUAUCCGAAAAAUGGGUGGGAAGAAAUUGGAGAAGUUGAUGAAAAUUAUGCUCCAAUACAUACGUACCAGGUAUGUAAAGUGAUGGAACAGAGUCAGAACAACUGGCUUUUGACAAGCUGGAUCUCAAACGAAGGAGCCUCAAGGAUCUUCAUUGAGCUUAAAUUUACCCUUCGUGACUGCAACAGUCUUCCAGGUGGACUUGGUACCUGCAAAGAAACCUUCAAUGUGUAUUAUUUCGAGUCCAAUGAAAAAGAUGGCCGCAAUAUCCGGGAAAACCAAUAUAUAAAGAUUGAUACUAUUGCAGCAGAUGAGAGUUUUACUGAGUUGGACUUAGGCGACAGAGUUAUGAAGCUAAACACUGAGGUUAGAGAUGUAGGACCUUUAACCAAGAAAGGGUUCUACCUUGCUUUCCAAGAUGUUGGAGCUUGCAUUGCCCUUGUCUCUGUACGUGUAUACUACAAGAAGUGUCCAUCAGUGGUACGAAAUUUAGCGUUAUUUCCUGAUACAAUAACUGGGGCCGAUUCUUCGCAACUAUUGGAAGUAUCAGGAAUGUGUGUUAACAAUUCUGUGACAGAUGAAGCUCCCAAAAUGCACUGCAGUGCUGAAGGAGAGUGGCUUGUUCCAAUUGGAAAAUGCAUGUGCCAAGAAGGUUAUGAAGAGAAGAACAGCACAUGCCAAGCAUGUCCACCAGGAUUUUUCAAGUCUUCCCCUCAGAGCCCUACCUGCAGUAAAUGUCCGCCUCAUAGUUAUACUCAGGAGGAAGCCUCAACUUCAUGUGUCUGUGAGGAACACUAUUAUAGAAGAGACUCUGAUCCACAUACUAUGGCAUGUACAAGACCACCAUCUGCUCCAAGAAAUGCCAUUUCAAACAUCAAUGAAACCAGUGUUUUUCUUGAGUGGAUGUUUCCUGCAGACACUGGUGGAAGGAAAGAUGUCUACUAUAAUAUUGUAUGCAAGAAAUGCAACACUCACUCUCGUCUGUGCGAAGAAUGUGGCAUUCAUGUACGUUACAUUCCUCAGCAAACUGGCCUGAGAAACACAUCUGUAAUGGUAAUAGACUUAGAGGCCCACACUAAUUACACCUUUGAGAUUGAAGCUGAAAAUGGCGUGUCUGAGCUGAACCCCGAUAAUAGGCAACACGUCUCUGUUAAUGUCACAACUAACCAAGCUGCACCAUCUCCAAUCAGCGUUGUGAAGAAGGGAAAGGUUACUAAAAACAGCAUUUCCCUUUCUUGGCACGAACCAGAUCGACCCAAUGGUAUCAUCCUCGAAUAUGAAAUCAAAUACUUUGAAAAGGACCAAGAAACAAGCUACACAAUCAUCAAGUCAAAGGAGACAGAUAUCACAGCAGAAGGGUUAAAGCCUGCAUCCUCCUAUAUAUUCCAAAUACGAGCUCGCACUGCUGCUGGGUAUGGAACCUUCAGUCGGAGAUUUGAGUUUGAAACCAGCCCAGUGUCAUUUGCUGCAACCGGUGAUCAAAGCCAAAUACCUAUAAUUGCUGUUUCGGUCACUGUGGGGGUUAUUCUGCUGGCCGGUGUUGUCGGUUUUCUUCUCAGCGGAAGGCGAUGCGGUUACAGCAAAGCUAAACAAGAUCCUGAUGAGGAAAAGUUGCAUUUUCACAACGGUCACUUUAAGCUACCGGGAAUAAAGACAUAUAUUGAUCCUCAUACCUACGAGGAUCCAACCCAAGCAGUACAUGAAUUUGCUAAGGAGAUUGAUGCCUCUUGCAUAACCAUCGAACGAGUUAUUGGAGCAGGUGAAUUCGGGGAAGUUUGCAGUGGACGAAUUAAACUGCCAGGAAAAAGAGAGUUUCCUGUGGCAAUCAAAACCCUUAAAGUUGGAUAUACUGAUAAACAGAGAAGGGACUUUUUGGGUGAAGCCAGUAUCAUGGGUCAGUUUGACCAUCCAAACAUCAUCCACUUGGAGGGCGUUGUAACAAAAAGCAAACCAGUAAUGAUUGUGACAGAAUACAUGGAAAAUGGCUCACUGGAUACUUUUCUUAAGAAAAACGAUGGCCAGUUUACUGUAAUUCAGCUGGUAGGAAUGCUGAGAGGGAUUGCAUCUGGCAUGAAGUACCUUUCUGACAUGGGAUAUGUACACAGAGACCUGGCAGCAAGAAAUAUUCUGAUAAACAGCAAUUUAGUAUGUAAAGUUUCAGAUUUUGGCUUAUCCAGGGUCUUGGAGGAUGAUCCUGAAGCAGCUUAUACAACCAGGGGAGGAAAGAUACCAAUCCGAUGGACAGCACCUGAAGCCAUUGCGUUUCGUAAGUUCACCUCUGCAAGUGACGUCUGGAGCUAUGGGAUAGUCAUGUGGGAAGUCAUGUCCUAUGGAGAGAGACCAUACUGGGAGAUGACAAACCAAGAUGUAAUAAAGGCUGUUGAAGAAGGUUACCGUUUGCCAAGUCCUAUGGAUUGUCCUGCUGCAUUAUACCAGCUCAUGUUGGAUUGCUGGCAGAAAGACCGAAACAGCAGGCCCAAGUUUGAAGAAAUUGUCAACAUGUUGGACAAGAUGAUCCGUAAUCCAAGCAGCUUGAAGACACUUGUUAAUGCAUCAAAUGGGAUUUCAAAUUUAUUAGUUGAGCAUAGUCCUCUUGGAACCGGUGCUUACAGAUCAGUAAACGAAUGGCUCGAAGCAAUUAAAAUGGCAAGGUACACUGAUGCCUUUGUGGAGAAUGGAUAUAAUUCGAUGGAUGCUGUGACCCAAAUGACUUUAGAAGAUUUGAGGAGAUUUGGAGUCACUCUUGCCGGCCAUCAGAAAAAGAUAAUGAACAGCAUCCAGGAAAUGAGGGCCCAGUUCUUAAAUGGAAUGGUGCCAUUGUAAUGGUGGUGUUCUCCAGUCCAGCAAACCUGCACUUUGUAACCUGCCCAGAGAUUUACAGAUACAAUGAAAACUGAGAUUUAAAAAAGGGAAGUAUAGUGCUAUUGGAAACUGAAAAUAGCACGAUGAACAUACAACCAAUAACCCCAAAUCAGUAUUUGACUCAAACUUCCAUUUAUUUUUUAUUUUGUCCGUGUUAUUAUUCUUCUCGAGUAAUUGCAACAUGCAUGGGAUCCAGAAUAUGGACAGUGAGAGAGGUUAGCCAUUCCAUUGGCUUCUACAACAAAUGACUUCCCAUGAUGCUCUGUACGGAAAUUGUAUAUAUAGCAUCUUGCUUUCAAGCAGCACGUUAAGUACUUCCAAGGACUUACUUGAAUGGGUCAUAUACAACAAUGUUUUGCAGCCAGGGUCGACCUAGGGAAAAAAGCUGCGGUUUACUGACGUUUACUAAAUUUCAAUUGUUUAUAAAUGUGUAUUGAAGAGCAAUAUGUCUAGAUUUCUUUUUCUUGAUCUUAGUUAUCUUGGGUUUUUUUUUUUAAUUCUUUUUUUCUUAAAUUAAAAGAAAUGCUGUUACACAGCAUUAAGAUAUUAAAGCUAAUGUAUAAACAUGUUGCUUGAUCAAUUGCAAAUACAAUAUAUUUAUUUUCUGUGUUCUGGAAUUACUGUUAGUUUGCUCUCUGGUGAGAUUAAUACAUGAUGUAAUGAAAAUGUAUAUACUGUAUAGUUUGCUACACAUCCAGUAUUGUUUUUUUUUUUCACUUUUGCUUGUAAUUUUGUGGUUAUCUUGAAACACUUGACAACUUCCAUGACGUAUGAAAAGAA